AUGAUCGGCCUUCUUGCCCCCCUUCUCAUUGGGGCUGCUUCCGCAACCUCUCUGAGCAAGGCUUGUACAAAGGAAUUCGUCAAGUCAAACCUGCCUACGUCUGACGACAAAAUUCCCCUCGGGAUCACCAUCGAUGAGAGUUCCGUCACUGCCAAUACGUAUCGCAACUACUCGGUAACAGAUGCGACCUUCUGGGAAAAUGUGAACAUCGACUUCUGUGAAGUUUCUUUCGCGUACUCCCACGCCAACCAGGAUGAUAGAAUCGUUGUCGAGUAUUGGAUGCCCCUGGCUGAGAACUUCCAGAACCGAUUCCUCGCCACUGGAGGUGCCGCUUACCAGAUCAGCAAUGGAUCUGGUGGUGCCGAUAUGUCAGGCGGUGUUGCUUACGGAGCUGUCACCGGUUUGACCGACGGUGGCCUCCCUUAUUGGGGAAGUACCGACUUUGAUGAUGUUGUUCUGCUUGGCAAUGGCACUGCGAACUGGCCGGCGAUCUACAACUUCGCCUACCAGGCUAUCGCCGAGAUGACUGCGAUUGGAAAGGUGUUCACCAAGAACUACUUUGGGCUUAGCGACAGCACCAGCAAGAGGAGCGACGACAAGGUUUACACCUACUACAUGGGGUGUUCUGAAGGCGGACGUGAGGGCAUGAGCCAAGUGCAGAAGGCUCCUGAGCUCUACGAUGGUAUCAUUGCUGGCGCCCCUGCCAUGCGCUAUGGACAGCAACAAGUCAACCACAUUGCCUCCCCCAUCCAGAUUCAGACUAUUGGACACUACCCACCUUCAUGUGUGUUUGACACCGUGAUAAACGCCACAAUUAACGCCUGUGACAAGCUUGAUGGAAAGGUCGAUGGUGUGAUUUCCCGCAGUGAUCUUUGCAUGCUGAAAUUCAACGUUUCCUCCAUGAUUGGCGAGUCCUACAGCUGUGCAGCAAGCUCCGAAACCAGCUUAGGCCUUGGUUAUGGAAAGCGCAAGAGAGCCGAUAGCUCAACAACUCCCGCACAGAGCGGUACCAUCUCGGCAAAGGAUAUUGAGGUCAUCCAAGAUCUGCUGACCGGUCUGAAAGACUCAAACGGUGACAGGGUCUACCUGCCUUUCCAGCCCGGUGCCGGCUUCGGUGAUACCACUACCUACGACUCGGAUACCGAUUCAUGGACUAUCGAGUCGCCGAACUCGAACGGUGAAUGGGUCACCAAGUUCUUACAUUGGCAGAACGUGAGCUCGCUUGUCAUGACUGAUGUGACCAAUGACGACUUGAAGGCUUGGAUGAUCGAAGGCAUGAACAAGUACAUGGACUCGCUCCAGACCACUCUUCCCGAUCUUUCCCCAUUCCUGAACCGUGGAGGUCGACUCCUUCACUUCCACGGCGAGGCCGACUCCAGUAUCCCCACCACUGGUUCCAUUCGCUACCACGAGUCUGUUCGCAAGAUCAUGUACCCCGAGCUUUCCUUUGAGGAAGGUAACAAGAAGCUUAACGAGUGGUACCGCCUCUACCUCAUUCCGGGAGCGGCUCACUGUGCCAUCAAUGACGAGCAGCCUAACGCCGGCUUCCCUCGCGACAAUUUCGCCCAUUUGAUCAAGUGGGUCGAGGAUGGCGUUACUCCGGUUACCAUCAAUGCCACAGUGCAGUCAGGUGACAACGAGGGUGAGGUCCAGAAUGUUUGCACCUGGCCGUCCCGUCCUUACUACAAGAACGGCAAACUGGUCUGCCAGGAGAAGCAGUCUUCGGUCAACGCGAUGCUGUGGGACCUGCCUGCCUACAAGCAACCUGUAUACUAG